CCUCGACUCUCUGCGUCUCUUCUUUUGUGAUCAGUGACACACAGAGAUGGCGGGUCUGAGAAUCACAAACCUGCAGAACUUGAAGCCGCCGGCGCCGCAGGGAGCCGUGCAGCUGCGCAUCAAGACCUCGCAGACCUCCGGAGACCGUCUGAGCCAGUCCAAGUCCAUGGUGCUGCAGGAGUCCGACCUCCCUCAGAAACCUAUCUCUCGGCACCGCAGGAAUCAGUCUCAGCACAACAUGCUGGGCGGAGGAGGAGCGGCCAUGUUUGAACCGUCAGUGGAGUUGAAAGGUGAAAACCUGAACAUGGCUAAAAUCUCAGAGGGCGGUAAAAAGCAGAGGAAGAACUGGACUUUAUUCUGGACCGUACUGACCUCAGAGCAGCUGCUGUUUUAUAAAGACAGACAACAAGAAAGUGUUCUGAAAGCAGGAAGUAAACCAGAUGUGCUGCAGCUGUGUGGAGCUGUUAUCGAGUGGACGACAGAGAAGUCGAGCAGGAAAAACGUCUUUCAGAUCACAACCAACACAGGAAGUGAGUACCUCCUCCAGGCUGACAGUAACACCACCGCCAGCAAAUGGUACGACGCCAUCGGAAAGGUCAUCACUUCUUCAACCAAAGCUGACGGCAGUUUUCCUCUGCGGAAGUCAAACAGUACAGAAUACCUGCCCAGACACAGCUCGCUACCUGGAUAUGGCUCCGCCUCCCCGAACACCAAGCAACGCAACCCGGUUCACAGACGCUCCAUCAACGUGUUCGGCAGCUCGAAGCUGAAACACAGCACUUCAGACAGCGCUGACAAGAACGGAGUGAAGAACAGACUGAAGAAGUUCAUCAUCAGACGUCCGUCCAUGAAGACUCUGCAGGAGAAAGGCCUCAUCAAAGAUCGAGUGUUCGGCUGCAACCUGUUAACUCUCUGUGAGCGCGAAGGAACCACAGUGCCGAAGUUUGUUCAGAUCUGUUUGGACGCUGUCGACAAGCGAGGUUUGGAGGCUGACGGGAUCUACAGAGUCAGUGGAAAUCUGGCCACAAUCCAGAAACUUCGCUUCAUCGUAGAUCAAGAGGAGGACCUGGACCUGGAUCACAGUCAGUGGGAGGACAUUCAUGUCGUCACUGGAGCCCUCAAGAUGUUUUUCCGUGAGCUGCCGGAGCCGCUGUUCCCCUUCAAGUUCUUCCAGCCGUUUGUGGAGGCUGUCAAGAUCAAAGAUCAGAAACAGAAAGUUCAGGCUGUGAAGAAACUGGUCCAGCAGCUGCCCAAACCCAACCAGGACACCAUGAAGCUGCUGUUCAGCCACCUGCACAGAGUUCUGGCCUUUUCCAGGAAGAACCUGAUGUCCACUCAGGGCAUCGGCAUCGUGUUCGGUCCCACUCUGAUGUGGCCCGAGCUGGACUCAGGGAACAUGGCGUUCAACAUGGUCUACCAGAACCAGAUUGUGGAGUUCAUCCUCAUCGAGAGCCGAGAGAUCUUCAACCUGGACAGGAAGUAAUGUCAGCAGUCUUGAGGUGGACCUGAUCAGCUGACAGCCUGUUUUCAUGGAAGAACGUAUUUACAUGUCAAAGCUAAAAGUGACCAAAGUCUUUCAAGAUUUAUUGUUUUGACAGAAAACAGAAGCAGCGCCUGUAAAAAAUAAACAAAUGGUUUCUCAUGAGAGACUGAAACUUGUAAUAAAAUUACACUGCCACUCUGUUUAUAUUAUUUGGGAAAUAAUUAUUAAACAAAUAUUUUAAAUCCAAUUUAAUAUAUGUCAAACUUCACACAUUUGAAUGCUACAUAUUUAGCUGGUAUUAUCUUUAUUUUACUGAAGCAGCAGAGUUAUUGCAGCUUUAUUUAGUGUCCGUUUAUACAGGACGGAGGAUCAGACAGAUUAAAAUGCUUUUAACAAUAGAUGGAAGAUCAUCUUUCCACAACUCCAACAUGCAAACUAUACAAACUACUUUAUGUCUGUGUACCUGCACUGACAUCAUGGCAGCUUCUGUUUUCUCACCGUUUGUUCUGUUUGAUCAACGUUGAAAAUCAUGAACGUUCAAAUAAUUUUGAAAUUAAAAGCCCCCUGAUCACAUGAAGUGUCUGUAACACAGAUAAUUAGAAGUAAUGCAGAACAUGUACUGAGUGUUAGUGUAGAUAUAUGUAUGUAUGUAUACGUGUGUACAUGAGACCAUUUAAUCAUUUGAAACUC